AUUGGCAGCACAUGCAAAGUGCAUAGAGUGCGGGUUAAAGGUCAUAAUACAAUGUUACAAAAUAAUAUUAUACACAAAAGAAAGGUUUGGCAAGCACCUGUUUUCAUAUUUCCUCUACAGAGCACUAGAUCUAAAUAAAGUGGAUUGUGAGCAAUGUGCUUAAGGAAGAUAACUCUUGUGAUUCUGGCCCUCGUUGUCUCCCCUUGUGUUUCUUUGAAAAACUACAGCUCAGCCCUUGGAGGUUCCAUAUUAUUUUAUGAUGCACAAAGAUCAGGUCCACUACCAGCCAACAACCCCAUCAAGUGGAGAGGAGAUUCGGCCCUGUCAGACUGCGUGGUAGGAGGAUGGUACAAUGGGGCGGACUUUCUGAAGUUUGGUCUGCCCAUGGCAUCGUCUGCAGAGUUCCUCCUCUGGUCACUAUACAAAUGGAAGGACGCUUACGUUGGUGCUGGACAGUUGACCCAAAUGUACGACAUGGUCAAAUGGCCGCUGGACUACUUCCUGAAGGCUUGGAAUCCAACAAAACAAGAACUUGUCUACCAGGUGGGCGAAGAGAAUAUAGAAUACGCUUACUGGGGACGUCCUGAAGACAUGACUCAUCCGAGACCUUGUAAAGUAGCCAGUGCUGCCCAUCCGGGUAGCGAUGUAGCUGGAGCCACGGCAGCAGCACUUGCUCUGGGGGCAUUAGUGUUUGAAGAUCAGGGUGACUCGGCUUACAGCAAACAGCUUCUGGCAUCAGCCACAAGCUUGUACAAGUUCGCUGUCGCUCAUAGAGGACCCUAUCAGACUGGUAUUUACACAUCAGACAAAGACACGGAUGAGUUGUGUCUAGCAGCUGUCUGGCUGUACAGAGCGACACACCUAGUGGAGUAUCUGAAUGCAGCAAAGAACUUCGUGUCCCAUGAUUCGAGUUGGGGUUUAACUUUGGAAUCGAAAGAUCUGUCGUGUCAGCAGCUUUUGUUUGAGGAGACUCAAGACUCAACUUACAGGAGAUCCAUCACCGAUUACUUCAACAAUUGGCUUCCCGGAGGGACGGUACAAUACACUCCCUGCGGUCUUGCCUGGCGCAUGAAGUGGGGACCUUUGGGAACUGCAGCUAAGUCUGCCUUCUUGGCUCUGUUAGCCGCUGACUCAGGGAUAGAGCAAGACAGAUACCGAAAGUGGGCGGUGGAACAAAUUAACUAUAUACUUGGAGACAAUCCACACAACGGCGGGUGCUUCAGCUAUGAGGUCGGAUACAGUUCCAAAUACCCCUUACAGCCUGACCACAGGGCAGCAUCUUGCCCUGAUAGGCCAGCACCUUGUGGACAUGAACAGUCCUCCUCCACUGAACCGAAUCCCCAGAUUCUUACAGGCGCCAUCGUUGGGGGUCCAGAUGAAUACGACCAAUACGUGGACUCCAGGCCAGACUGGGUCCACAACGAGGUUCAGGUGGAUUACAACGCAGGAUUCCAGGCGGCACUGGCCGGCAUAGUGCAUCUACAGAACGUGAAUCUGUUUCCAGCAACUAACAACAAAUGUCCCUGCAACCAAUAAACAUUGGACUUUUUAACAACAAAAUGAAACACAAAUUGUGGCUACAGUCUUGCUUUCAAAAUUAUAGUUGAAGUGAUUAAUAAUGUUUGAAUUUUCGGUAAACUCAGAGGCUAUACAUUUUAUAACUAAAUUUUACCAAGCAAAUGUUAUAAAACAUGCUAAAAUAAAAAAAAAUGUUGGUUUAAUUUCUACUUUAUAUUCACAUAACAUAGAAAAACAAUGUUGUGUCUAUGUAUUGGGGCGGACAUGUGAAAAAGAGAUAUAACUAAUAUAAUAUUUCUGAAACAUGAAUGACAUGUGUUGUCACUCAUCAUGAGUUUAUGUGUGAAAUUUAGGCUCGAUAUCCAAAAAUAAAAAGUCAAAAUAAAUUA